AUGGCGAACGAAAAAAGCACGAAGCUGCCGAGCGCAAGUAAAGAAGAAUUGUUGAUGGAACGUAAAAAGCUCACCGAGAGUGAGUGGUACUCGAUGGCUGAGGGUAUAUUCAACACCCUCAACCACAUCAUGAUCGGAGUGGUUUGCAUCUACACCAGCUGGCUGUGCUGGAGGAAUGGGUUCGAGAAUUUGUACACCUGGCACGUGUUUCUGACGCUUAUAGGGUAUCAUCUGCUCAUGUCGGAAGGGAUUGUGCUGUUCUUCAGUGGCAAUGGCUGGAGCCAAAAGCUUUCCCAUUCGCACAAACGCACCGUUCACUGGCUGAUCGAGGUGGUUGGUUGCACGUGUUGUGUGGUGGGGAUUGCGCUGGAAAUCUACUUCCGUGCGUCGACCAACAGACGACACUUUUCCUCGACGCAUGCCAUCGUGGGACUAACAUCACUCAUUUUUCUCGCACUGACGCUGGUCAACGGACUGAUGGCACUGUUUGCGGCCGAUCUUCGACGGCGUAUUCGACCGAUCUACUCCAAACUGGGCCACUAUCUCACCGGUACCGUGUGUUACGUGCUGGGCAUGGUGGCGAUCGUGUUGGCGUACGAGAAACGUAUCUAUCACCAGAACACGGUUACUGAGGGCAUUACGAUGAUGACCGUUUUCACGAUUACCGUUACGGUACUUAGUAUGGUCGGAGUUGUAAAGACGGUGUACAAUCAGCUCAAAACUCUCGCUCGCUGA